UGGAUCAUUCCAGCUGCAUUGGAAUGCUACAUGCUAAUUGCAAAAGCUGCUAAUUCCUGCCAAUAUUUGUCAGCCAAGAUUUAUGGAGCCAGCCUCAUACUUCUAUUUACAGUCUCUUUCUGUUACCACCUAGCAGAAUAUAUCCCUUUCAAUACGAUGACACUGAAUUUGUGUCAUCGAAUGGACCGUGCAAUGAUAUACGUGUUCAUUUCUGCCAACUACUACCCAUGGGUGCUUCUCUUGGAGCUUCCUAGAGAUUCUUGGGUGACUCAUUUGUCUUGGGGUAUCUGGGUCUUAGCCUUCCUGGGCAUCACCUACCAGCAAAUCUUCCACGAAAAGUACAAGCUGAUAGAGGUGACUUUGUACCUGAUUGUAGGGGCACUGCCUGGGCUGGUCCUUCAGCACACCAUCGACGAGGUGGAAGGAUUCAUAGAGAUGGCUAUCGGGGGGUUGCUGUACAUCGUUGGAGUGGGAUUCUUCCGCUCUGAUGGUAAGAUCCCAUUUGCACAUGCAAUCUGGCAUGUGCACGUCGUUGCAGCAUCAACGUGCCACUUCUAUGCUGUCCAUCGAUAUCUGCUUGGACGUACCAACCUUCCAGAGGGUCUACAUUGCCAAAGCAUUUGA